AUGAAAGAAAUUAUUUUACUGUCGGUUUUUCUCGUUGCUUUUCCACUUAUCGCGAGUGGUACGGUCUACUUUGUCGAUAGGGAAAAAGGAAAUGAUUUCAACACGGGCGAACGUAUCAAACAAGCGUUUGCAACCAUUACCAAGUGCAUCAAAACGCUAAAUAGACCUGGUGAUGAAUGCCAUAUUCGCCAGGGACGUUACCACGAACCGCAGUUCCAGAUAUCAGGCAAAAAAGGAACUCUAUCCCAGCCUAUUAUUAUACGCGGUUAUGGAGAAGAAAUUCCAAUCAUCGAUGGCACCAUUCCAGUUAUACCUCGAGGAAAAUCUAGCUGGAAACGUGGCAAAGAUGGAAUUUACAGUGCCAAAAUUGAGCGAGAUAUCUGGCAGCUUUUCGUUGACGGCGAAAUGAUGACCAACGCUCGUUGGCCAAAUGCUCUGUGGUCGGACAAAACUGUUUUCUUAAACAAGUACUGGGCAAAAUCUUCCUCCAGAUCUACGAGGGGCAAAAUGGUAGAUAGUGGUGAAAAGAAUUUGGCCGGAAGCGGUAUUGACGUGACUGGGGCAGUGGCUAUCCUCAAUGUCGGAAGCUUUAACACUUUUACUGCCAUAGUCCAAAGCCAUAGAUCGGGACAGAAUUUUUUUACUUAUAAAGAUAAUUUUGGCGCCAUAAAGUUCAAACCUGGUCAUAAUCAGUACUUUCUGGAGGAUAAGCUGGAGUUUCUUGACAAUGCUGGCGAAUGGUUUUACGACAAAACAACGAAAACUGUUCAUGUGAAGACCAUGGAUGGAAAAAGUCCUGAAGGGAGGAUUCGUGGAAAGGAUGCUGUAAUGUGGUUAAACGCAUUUGGUGCCUCAACUCACCAUGUAUACUUUGGAACGGACAAGUCGAACGUUGCCGAUGCAUCACGGAACUCCGCCGAGUACAAGGAGAAGAUCACUGCUGAUGGCAACGUGUAUUACUUGAAGGAAAAUCUUUCUUCCAGGUCUACCUAUUACUGGCGAGUAGAUGCUGAAUUGGACGAGAAAACUAUUUACAAGGGAGACGUUUGGUCUUUUCAAACCAAGUAGACCAAGAUGAUGAUGAAAAAUGCGAAAAGAAAAAAUAGUAGCUAGAUGAUUCACUGUUCUCAAAGCAUGCAGAA